AUGGAAGGUGGUGGUGUCGCUGCGAACAAUGAAUCGAAAACAGUGUCCAACAUCACCAUUAAGGGUAUGCUUAGCCUUCUUAUGGAAAGUAUUGAUGAGAAUCAUGAUGGUGGCAAGAGAGUUAUUUGUUUGGGUAUAGGUGAUCCAACUUUAACGACAUGCUUCCACACCACCAACAUUGCUGAAGAAGCUGUCAUUGAUGCAAUUCAGUCACACAAGUUUCAUGGCUAUGCUCCCCCUGUCGGUCUUCUUCAGGCUAGAAAUGCAAUCGCUGAAUAUCUGUCUCGAGACCUCCCUUAUCAGUUAUCAUCGGAUGAUGUUUUUAUCACAUGUGGAGGCACACAAGCCAUUGAUGUUUCAGUGGCAAUGCUUGCUCGCCCCGGUGCAAACAUCUUGCUUCCAAGACCUGGCUUCCCAAUCUAUGAACUUUCUGCUGCAUUUAGAGAAGUUGAAGUGAGGCAUUAUGAUUUGCUACCAGAGAAAGGUUGGGAGGUUGAUCUAGAUGCUGUUGAAGCUCUUGCUAAUCAGAACACAGUUGCAUUGGUCAUUAUUAACCCUGGCAAUCCUUGUGGAAAUGUAUACAGUUACCAUCAUUUGGAGAAGAUAGCAAAAACAGCAAAAAGGCUUGGAACAAUUGUGAUUGCUGAUGAAGUUUAUGGUCACCUUACAUUUGGGGCCAAUCCUUUUGUGCCAACGGGAGUUUUUGGCUCUAUUGUUCCUGUUCUCACUCUCGGGGCCCUGUCUAAGAGAUGGAUAGUUCCUGGAUGGAGGCUUGGUUGGUUUGUGACAAAUGAUCCAUGUGGCACUUUUAGAAAACCCAAGGUAGUUGAACGCAUUGAAAAGUAUUUUAAUCUAUUGGGAGGUCCAGCCACCUUCAUCCAGGCAGCUGUGCCUCACAUAAUUUUGCAAACUGAUGAGGUUUUUUACAAGAAAAUCAAUGAGAAUUUGAGGCAUGCCUCAAAUAUAUGUUUUAAGGGGAUAAAGGAUAUUCCAUGCAUUGUUUGCCCUUACAAACCAGAAGGGUCCAUGGCUAUGAUGGUAAAACUAAACCUUUCACUUCUGGAAGAUAUUAGCGAUGAUAUUGAUUUUUGUUUCAAGCUUGCUAAGGAGGAAUCUGUUAUCAUUAUUCCAGGAACUGCAGUGGGGCUAAAAGAUUGGCUUCGUAUUAUUUUUGCUGCUGACCAAUCUGCUCUUGAAGAGGGUAUGAAACGGAUAAAAUAUUUUUGUCAAAGGCAUGCCAGAAAAUGGUCAAAAGACUACGAAAUCUAA